GGGGGGCCUUGCGGCAGGGGAAGGGGACGGGGCGUACCAAGGGUGAUGUGGGCGGGGCCGGCGUUGCGCGAUGGACCCGGUUCUGCUCGCCGCCGCUGCCGUGCUGCUCGCCGUCCUUCUCUUCUUCGCCACCCGCCUCCGCGGCCAAGCCAGGGCAGCUGAUGAGGAGCAGCAGCAGAAUGUGGCAGCAGCAGCAGCAGCAGGGGCCAGGCCCCGGCCCCAGGAGGAGCAGCGGGCAGAGGGGAUGCCCCGGCGGCGCAGGAACAUGGGCACCAGGCUGAUGGCCCAGAGGAGAGCCCAGCAGGCAGAGCAGGGGCUGGAAGAGGAAGAGGAUGCUGAGGAGGUGCCAGAAUUUCAGGUGUCUGGGAAAAUUGGAGCAAAGAAGCAGAGGAAAUUAGAAGAGAAACAAGCCAGGAGAGCACAGAGAGAGGCUGAAGAAGCAGAGAGAGAAGAAAGGAGAAAACUCGAGUCAAAAAGAGAGGAGGAGAGGAGGAAAGAAGAGGAGAGGAUCCGUCUGGAGGAGGAGAGACAGGAAGAGGAAAAAAGGAAGGCAAAGGAAGAAGAGGAGAAGAGAGAAUAUGAAGAGUACCUGAAGCUGAAGGAGAGUUUUGUGGUUGAAGAGGAAGGGGUUGAAGAAUCAAUGACAGAGGAGCAGUCUCGCAGCUUUCUCAUGGAAUUCCUGGAAUAUGUCAAGAAAACCAAGGUUAUCCAGCUGGAGGACUUGGCUUCACAUCUGGGUUUAAGGACACAGGAUGCAAUUAACAGAAUCCAGGACCUGAUGGCAGAUGGCACCCUGACAGGUGUGAUUGAUGACAGGGGAAAGUUCAUCUACAUCACUGCAGAGGAGAUGGCAGCCGUGGCCCAGUACAUCAAGCAGCGAGGCCGAGUGUCCAUUGCAGAGCUGGCCCAGGCCAGCAACUCCCUCAUCAACCUCCAGCCUGACAGCAGAGCUGUGGCUCCCACCCUGGCCUGAGACACACACUGAGGAGUUGAACCUCUUAAUGAAUAAAGCACUUAAUUAAAAGCAAACGAGAAGCUCCCGGGGCCGUUGGUGGUGCCUGAAGGUAGAGUGAUGCUCUUUGGAAGCACCAGUGGCAAACUCAGAAGUUUUGCUUUUCCUUCUUUUAGAACUGCUUUUAAAUAGUGAAACUUGAUUGUACAAGAGGCUGGCCAGGAGCUCAAACGCUGCUGCACUUGUAGCCCAGGAGGAUCAGUAUUUUAUCCCCUGGCAGCCAGUCUGAUGUUGCUAUAAACCAGCUUUUUAUUGUUUGCAGAUUCUGAUGUCUGUAUCAAAUAAUUUGGGGUUGUUUGCAUUCAGGAUUCUCCAGGCUUGCUCUGCUCUAUGGAACUGUUGAACUUUGUGAUGGGCACAGCAUUGGCUGCUGUACCCAGAUUGGAUGGAAAGAGUAAAAAGGAAAUACUCUAAGUGUGUCUUUGUUCUUGCUGAAAUAUAUCCUGAAACUCUGGGAAGAAUGGUUGCUCUGUUCAAAAUUCCAGGGGCUAUUUCAGGAACCUUUGCUAUAUAAACAUGUUUUCUUUGGUUUAUGUAACAUAAAAAAGUUUGCUUGCAGACAAGCUGCAUCAUUUCCCUGGAGCCAAGAGACAGAAACCCCUCCAGGGAAGGGCUGAGUGGGCUCAUUUCUUUAUUCCUUGUGCAGGCCAGUCCUGCUGAUACCAACCAGAUCCUGGUGAUUCAUCCUUUGAAGUCAGAGCCAGCUCAGAGUGUCUGAAGGCCUCAGACACCCCCACCCCGUGGCCUCUGUGUUCUGCAGGUCUGGGGGUUUUUAAAUAGAAACUUCAGACACUCUGAGUCAUGCAAUUAAUGUUCCAAGUUAAUGAUUAUUAAUUGUAUGGGUCAGUGUAUUUCCUGCAUUAGAAUAUUUAUUUUUUCAAUCGUUCAUUCACUCUCCUUUCUGAAAUCAGCAGAAUUUAUGUGGAUAAACAGUAACUGGGGAGGACAAGAGGUUUUGUCCCUGCCAAACUUAGAGGUAACUUGAGCAGACUAAAAUCCACCUUAUCAGUGGGAUGAGACAGCAAUAAAACAAUGGAAGGAAACAUUUCCUUUUCAUCUCUGCACUGCUGCUGGAUGUCAGAGUGCAGGAGAGUGGAGUUGUUGGUGUGAAAGAUCAGCACAUCCUGAGUGCUGUGCAACCACAGCCAGCAGAGAGGUUAUUUAACAUUUGUAAAGUCUCUUACUUCAGGAUUGCAUAUUAAAUUUUUUAAAAAUAUUUGGGUUUGCCACUGUUUUUUGUUCUGUCCUAAACUAUUCUUGUAAUAAAAUCACCAAUAUUGAAAGAA